AUGGCUUCUAAGGUCCUUAACGGCAAGACCGGUGUCAUCUACGGUGAGGAUGUCUACAACCUCUUCAAGCACGCCCAGGCCGAGGGCUACGCUAUCCCCGCCAUCAACGUCACCUCCUCCUCGACCGUUGUCGCUUCUCUCGAGGCCGCCCGCGACUCGAAGUCCCCCAUCAUCCUGCAGAUGAGCCAGGGUGGUGCCGCAUACUUCGCCGGAAAGGGCGUCGACAACAAGGACCAGAAUGCUUCCAUCCAGGGUGCCAUCGCUGGUGCCCACUACAUCCGCGCCAUUGCGCCCGCAUACGGCAUCCCAGUCGUUCUUCACACCGACCACUGCGCCAAGAAGCUUCUGCCAUGGUUGGACGGCAUGCUCGAUGAGGAUGAGAAGUUCUUCAAGGCCAACGGCGUCCCCCUCUUCAGCUCCCACAUGAUCGAUCUCUCGGAGGAGAGCAAGGAGGAGAACAUCGCGACUACCAAGAAGUACUUGGAACGUGCUGCUCCCAUGAAGCAAUUCCUCGAGAUGGAAAUCGGCAUCACUGGUGGUGAGGAGGACGGUGUAAACAACGAGGACGUCGACAACAACAGCUUGUACACCCAGCCAGAGGACAUCUACGACAUCUAUAAGACUCUGUCGGAAGUCUCCAAAUACUUCUCGAUUGCUGCCGGCUUCGGAAACGUACACGGUGUCUACAAGCCCGGAAACGUCAAGCUCCGCCCUGAGCUCCUCCAGAAGCACCAGCAGUUCGUCAAGGAGAAGACCAACGCCAAGGAUGACAAGCCCGUCUUCCUCGUUUUCCACGGUGGCAGUGGCAGCUCCGUCGACGACUUCCGUCAGGCUAUCUCAUACGGUGUCGUCAAGGUCAACCUCGACACCGAUAUGCAAUGGGCUUACCUCUCCGGUGUCCGCGACUACGUCCUCAACAAGAAGGACUACCUGCUAACACAGGUUGGUAACCCAGAUGGCGAAGACAAGCCCAACAAAGUGAGAUCCGGAGAAGUUACAAUGAGCGCCCGCUUGAAGACGGCUCUCUCGGACUUUUACACCGCCGGCAAGGCCUAA